AUGAUCAAAGUCUGGCGCACUCACUGCGAGCCAGGUGCGCUGCUGCCGACCCGUUCCCUGCCCUCUUGCACCAGCACAACGCGGGCUCUAGACCCGCUGAGACCGCCUGUGCCGCACACAGAACCCCGGUACCGUACCCCCGGCCCCCUCCCCCGUACGCCGCAUGCCGGAGCCGCCGGCUCGGGGCCGGCAGGGAAGCGGCCCCCGCGCACGCUUCCGGCCGCCCGGUCCGCUUCCGGGGUGCUGCUCCCGCUUCCGCCGACGGCCCCGCCCCGCGGCUGGGCGGAAGCGGAAGUGCCCGGUCGAGGCGGGGCGGCGGCGGCCGCCCCGGGCUGGCGGGGGCGGCUGGCGGGCCGCGGGCGGGCAGGCGGUGGGGCCGGGCCGGGGCCGGGUCCGACCACGAUGCCCCGGCGGAAGCAGAGCCACCCGCAGCCGGUGAAGGGUGAGUGCGCGGUGGGGCCGGGGGGCGGCGGCGGCCCGGCGGUGACCCGCGGCGCUCGGUGUGGUGCAGCGGACGCUGAGGACGGCCCCGAGGAGCCUGCGGGACCGGCACUGGUGCUGCCCGGCGACCUGCUGCUGGGUCGCGGCCUGCGCUUCGAGAAGGGACCGCCAGCAGACACCCUGGUGGGGAAGAUCACCAUGCCGGCGUAUGCGCUGAGCGACGACGACUGCUCCUCUGGGUACCAGCAGCUGAGCGUGGAGAGCGACCCCGAGGAGGGUGGGGAGCCCGGCCCCGCGGCGCUGCCCUGCCGCCAGUGUGGGCUGCAGCUGGCUGCCAGCCUGGGGCAGAGCUGCCUGCAGUGUGCAGGCACGGAGGGGGGCCGCAGCCAGCGCAUCGUGUACUCCUGCCAGCUCUGCCCCUUCGCCUCCCACUACUCCAGCCACCUCAAGCGCCACAUGAAAACACACAACGGGGAGAAGCCGUUCGCAUGCACGCAGUGUGCCUAUGCCUCUGCCCAGCUGGUGAACCUGACCCGACACUUGCGCACACACACCGGGGAGAAGCCGUACCACUGCACAUGCUGCAGCUUUGCCUGCAGCAGCCUGGGCAACCUCAAACGCCAUGAACGGGUCCACAGCCAGGACAAGCCCUUCCAGUGUGCUGCCUGCGACUAUCGUUGCAACCAGAGCCGCAACCUGAAGAGGCACAUGCUCAGCCACCGCCUGCCCGAAGGUGAAGUGCCGCACCAGCAGGACAAGGACCCAGAGCCAAUGCUGCCGGAGCUGAGCCUGCACGUGGGCAGCGGCAGUGGCCCCUUCCUGCCUGGCUGCACUCGGCUGCAGGGCGAGGAGGCGGCUGCAUUGCCCGAGCUGCUUUACCCCUUCACAUGCCGCAUGUGCGGGCUGGUGCUGGACGAUGGGUUUGCGCAGGAUGAGGGGCGGGCUGAGCAGGUCUGUGGGCGCUGCAGCCUGGCAGUGCUGGGCACCGAGCCGGGCGCCAGCCCCCGCAAGGGCACUGGGGACAAAGGCUUUUCCUGCAACUUCUGCCCAUUCGUCACCCACUACCCCAACCACUUGGCACGGCACAUGAAGACGCACAGUGGGGAGAAGCCAUUCGCCUGCCCACUCUGCCCCUACGCCUCUGCCCACCUUGACAACCUGAAGCGGCACCAGCGAGUACACACAGGCGAGAAGCCCUAUAAGUGCCAGCUCUGCGACUACGCCUGUGGCAACCUGGCCAACCUCAAGCGUCACGGGCGCAUCCACUCGGGCGACAAGCCCUUUCAGUGCAGCCUCUGCAGCUACAGCUGCAACCAGAGCAUGAACCUGAAGCGGCACAUGCUGCGGCACACAGGUGAGAAGCCCUUCCAGUGCCGGAACUGCUCUUACACCACUGGCCAUUGGGACAACUACAAGCGCCACCAGAAGAUCCACGGCCACACAGCCGAAAGCUGGGUAAACCCACGGAAUGCCAAAGCCCUCCUGGCCCCUCCAGCUGUGGGCACGGCCCUGCCCUGAGACAGCACUUAGCCCAGCUGCAGGGGUGUCCAGCCCUGCAUCAGGCCCAGGGUGCCUCAGCCCCUGCCCUCCCUGGGGGAGGGACAGGCAGCAGACUCCACAGGGGCUCACGGCUGCCUUAUGUGGUGCCCAUGGGUGCACUGGGACCUUCAGCAGCCCUGUCCUUCCUUGGCAAAGUUACAAACAGCAGCUCAGGUUCCUGCCCCAGAGGUGGUAGUGCCAUGCCCCUGAGGGUGAUACCUGCCUGUUCUUGCCUUUUGGAGUCAUCUUCUGCCGGACCUUGGGGAAAAGGGGGGAGGGAGGACUGGUUCCAUGGCUGUUGCCAUGCUGGUCAGUGUAAUUUAUAUUGUGUAUAAAAGCAUUAAACAGUCAAUUUUGUUA